AUGGCGAACGUUCUUGGUAUCACGGCGUUCAACUCGGAACAUCUCCUCAAGGAGUGGUGGGAGUGGACUCUUCUUGCUAUCAUUAUUGCUAGUGGAUUAAUUGGAAUCUUCGCCUUCUUAAAGACAUCUUAUACUGCCAUUCGACAGCUUUUUCGAGUUGAUAAAGGGGUUCCUGCAUUGCCGUAUGCAAUCCAAGAACAGAUCCAUAUCUUGAGACAAACUGCUUCACCAAUUCGCCCAAGACACCCUCUGCCUGCAAAACCAACCUCAUUCGGGGUGUAUCUAGGCCCCCUGAGCACACCAACUACAAAGGAAGAGCUAGAUGUUUUGACACAAUGGGAAGCUGUGGUAUUAGACUAUGGAAAGCCCGGAGUCAUGGACGCCAUCAACGACUAUGGCAACGACUUGGGGCCACACUUGAUCGCGAGGCUCGACCUUCUUCGUGUUCUGAACUUCAGAGCCGGCCAAUGUGAAGUCGACAUGCUUCCAGCAGUGUAUCUCGUUUCUGAGGUAGUUCGAAAAUUCCUAAGACGAGAUGACCAACGACGAUAUUUCACUGGGGUUUUGGUGGCGGGCUGGUGCGAACGCCUUUCCGUACCUCUUUUGAAUGGUUUGGCGAAGCUUCUUGCUGCCCACGGCCUCGACGUUUUCCUAGAAAUUGGUCCUCCCGAUUUCUUAAACAAGGUGGAAAAGUUGAAUCUCAAACUGUUCGCUGGUAUCGUCGUGAGGAAUGGUACUAUACUCCCAAACGGAGAACGUCGAGACUUCUUUGCCAUGGACAGUAUGAAAAGCACUACAAAGGCCUUUGUGUCGGAGUCGUGCAUGAGGCCUUUCAUGGUAAUGAUGUGGGAUACUGUGGAUGGCGAUGCCGAAUUGUCCCAUGCCGUCGCCCGGAGAGCGCACAUGUGGUGUAGCUACCACGGUGCGAUACCAUUUGUUGCCAGAGAGGGUGCAUUAACCGAUCUAUCGCAUGUCCGGUCCUGUGAGGAGCCUCUAGCAGCAUUCCAAUGGCUCAAGAACAGGAAAGUAAUGGCCAUACACGAGAGGUUCAGAUCUACGAGAUUACUCUCGCCAGAAUUCUCAAGCAUCAUUGAUGAUUAUCUGCCGCUUCAUGAGAUGUUUCCACAACUGGGUAGCACCCUUGCUGGCCUGGACGGUUCUGACGCCGACUCAGAUGGCAAUGAAAGCUCGAGUGCAUCUACACUUACCGUUCAUUACCCAGAAAUUGAUGAAAAUGGGGUUAUCAUCACAUCUUCACCAAUGUCUCCCCUUUCUCCCGGGCUGGACUGGAGUUCCUGUAUCGACAAGCGAGCGGCAAAUCCUUUGUCAUGCUCAUUUAGCGGAAGCUUCUAUGGACCGCUAGGAUGCUUCCCCAUUGGUCUCAAUGCCUCCCAAGCGGACUUUGAUCACGUAUUGACGUCGCAACGGCGUCUACGCAAUCUAAAUCUGUUGAGUAAAAUGUCUUCUAAGCAGCUUCAUGCAACGUCGAAAGUUCUCAGAACAUUCGCACUUUCGGAAAGCCGAAUGCUUAACAUUAUUCCAUCUUCAAAGGACGCCAUCUUUAGGUUUGCAGAUGCUCUUUCCCGCUGCAAUGAUGAGAUUGACGACAUAUACCAGUUGCAAGUAUAUACUGGCCUCGAUUCGGGAUUUCAUACUCCUACCGGUGGCCAAUUUUGGGCCAUUUGGGAAAUAGAACCACGAACGUCAUCUUUAGUGAUCUAUCUAUCAAAGUCUGUCCAGGAUGUCCCGUCUGCUCUUCUGCACACUUAUCUGAGCAAGUCGAGCUUUUCUCGGUAUCAGUGUUUUCUAGCCGAGUACGGAUUGGCCCAAUUCCACGCUGAUGCAGAGUCUUUAGAAAGACUGCCCACCAGGAUGGACCAGGAUCUGAACUUACUAUCCUGUUCUGAUCUUUUGCUACAGCUUCAGCAUUUACAGUAUUGUGAGUGGGACGAUGGCUGCCCACUUCUCUCAUCGAUUCAGUCGCACUGCGAGGAACUCCUAAUUGACGUCCCAACUUAUCGUCAGCUAAAGAAACUGGCGAACAUGGACUAUAUUAGUGGGGCAGUCACUGAUGAGGCUCUUGUGCAUGCGCGACUCAAAUGGUACCGCCUUUGUGAUCUUCCAUGCCUCGACAAGCAAGACGCAGUUCAACUUUUCCGACAUAUUGAUUACAACUUCGGAAGUCUUCUAUGGUAUCGCGACCAUGAAAACCUCGACGUCAUGACUGCUGCACUGGAAAAACUGACGAGUCGGGACAAAAUUGACUCAGUCACAGAUUUUGUUCUGUUUUGCAUUUUCUGCGCUGCCAGAAAGGCCGCUUUCGAAGAGGUAUAUAUCGAGGUGUCGGACCGCAACCCACUUUUCAAUCAGUAUAGUGACCAAAGUGCGGCAUUUGCAGAGUUAUUUGCCUUGGGAUCCCGUUGCGAGGCUUAUUUCGACAUUACACCAAGUGACAUUGGUAUUCUACUCUCCAAGAGACAUCGUGAUCACUAUAAUAAAGAGGAACACCAACCUCCGAUGUGGAUUUUCAACGCUCCUUCAUUUGCAUCGGCAUACGCCGCUGCCCAAACAGACAUUGAUCCCGACCAAAAACAAGCCUCUAUGCCAGGUUUUCGCCGCUUUACAUUUCUUAGUGUGUUCGCUAUUCCGGCUCUUGUUGAUAUCAUGCUCCUCACAUCGACUGGUCAUGGUCUCUAUCUCAGUGCUUUCAUGACAUAUGAACAACAGAAGUACGCCACUUUGGCAUUGAUGGCAUCUCUGUUGCUCUCAAGCGCCAUUGGGACCUGGAUCUCCAUUGGAGGCACCUAUUACCUUAUAUCGAUGGCGUUUUCUGCGGCUAACAUGUUUGUCCUGACUCGUCUAAUCGGAGGUCUUGCUUUCACUGCCGCAGCGAGCUUUGUCGGUUUCAUCGUCAUCUCUGCUGUGGUAAACGUACAAUCCGGAGCUAUUUUCUUUUUUUAUCUUCUUGGCUUAACAUCAUACCUGUCGGUGCUUGCAGUCCUCUCUACCUACCAGGUUCCAGGAUCCGCGUUUCUCAAUGGGAGGAAAGCUAUCAUUCUACUUAUCCCGACGCUAGUAAUCUCUCCCUUGAUUACGACUUGGAUCCCUGACUACGACAUCAUCGUGUAUCCGUGUGUACUGUACCUCUUUGUCACCUUCCUCAUACUAGGUACCCGGCACGUUGGGAUGCGAUGGGUUACCUGGUAUCACAAUAUCAAGACCUUGAACGACAAAGACAUCAAAGACUGGUAUAUCCAAGCGCAUGGAAAGACCGAUGGCCAUGGAUCAAAACGCAACUCCCAAGCAGCAAGAAUUUCAGUAUCACUUUCCGAAAUGUCUUCUGCCGAUUCUGAGCUGUUCUACGGGCUUAGCGAGCCUGCAAUACUAGCCCUCUGCCGUAAGGUACUUCAUGAGGCUGUGAUGAAAGAAAAGAACCGCAACUUUUGGCAGAAAUCCACCAAAGAUGCAUUUGUGAAAGAACUUGCAGGCUGCUGGGACUCUACUAUCUUCCUCUUGGAUUGGUACAGCCGCCUGACAGAAACCAAACGACCGAUACCCUAUAGCUCGACAUGGAAUCUAGAGACCCAGGUUGCCUUGGAAAGUAUGCAACAAUCUCAGAAAGGAAUCAAGCUGCAUAAUUCAUUCAUCCACUGGCGCAAUGCAGGUGAUGAGAUAGGCUGUGGCAUCCUAUACUUUCUUGUUGCAUUGAUGGAUCGAUGGCUUGAUCUGUUACACGGCGGGCAUCUAGUAGGUCUAUCUGCCGCACUGAAUCAGACCUUCAGAUUGUCAGUUGGUUUCGGAUUGGCAUACUACCUCAUUGGAGCCGUCCUCCUAGAUUACAAGGCGCAACAUCUACAUACCCUCUCGGAGCAGUCCGCCCCCGUUUCCAUUGAAUCAAUAGCCCACAUCAGAAAAGCAAAGUCGAAUGAUAAGAAGUUCCGCCGGCUUCUUUAUUGGAAGACCAUGGGGCAUUUCAUUGGCGUUCAUGUCUGGGCCCUUUCACUCAGCGCUGCAUUGAUCUGGAUUUUCAAUGGCUCGUCAGAUGCCAUGAUCAUGUUCCUGGCCUAUGUCGGUGCCUACACUGGCUUACUCCUCUAUCAGUACAACAAGAUAUUUUCAGGCCCUCACGCGCUUAUGCCACUUCUAUCGGCUGUCGUCGUUGGUUUCGUUCUUGGAGUUAUUCUGAAGAGGGUGCGCCCACGUUUUGAAUACGACAAUGUCAUUGCUUUGGCAGUUUCAACGUGGACGGCUGCAUUCUUAUCGUUCCAUACAGCCAAACUUGGUCUUCCAGAAGCGUUUGAUAUCAGAUUAUCAAUCUCAGAGAUACUAUCACAGUUCAGGCGACAUAAGAAGGGAUUUGAAUCAACUGACACUAUCAACAUCAGAGGUCUUCCAUCCCAAUACAAGAUUCAUUGGUCCACAAACGAGAAAUACCAUGCAUACAAUGGUGCUGGAACGGACGAGGCCUUCAGCCAGAGCGAAUUAGCAGCCUUUGUAGAUAAGCUCCGUUCCGGGCCCAAGGAAAACCGCUUCAGGGUCUCUCCUUUCGGCCACCCCGGUGAUCAGAUCACUGCUAUCUUACUAUCAUGCACCCACGACACCCUGUCACGAUUGGCACUUCAAGCCUUUCCUGCAAUGCCCUAUCUGGUUCAAAGAAUCGUUCUCGGAUGGCAGAAUGGCAUCGUCAAAGUUUUCAUCGUCCCAAUGCAAUCCGUAGUCAAUGCGCAGACCGAUCUCAGGGCAAUCUCGCAUUACGAAGACGGCCAUUUAAACCUCUACAUGGCUUCGGAUUCCAAGGGUGCCACCUCAGCCCAGAUGAAUGUCAGCAGCAAUUGUCAGGCAAUAGCCGAGACACUGAUUCACACAUGCUCUCAAACAAUGUUUGGAAUGCCAAAACUCCAAGCUGAUGUAACCGAAUCGAUACUCAUGUGCAAGCCAAUCAGUGACGAGCACUACGUUGUGUCAGAAUGUACCAAGCGGUCGAUGCCCUUCGGCGCUACUGAUCCCAAAGCACUGAUAUUUGAGACAGCCUGCCGAAAGGAGUUACUCCAACACUUAUGUCUUGGGUACGAUUGCGAUUUUGAGUGGGAUCAACUGCCUCUGGACACUAGGAAAUUAUUCCUCCGUAGAUGUCUAGGAGCUCGAGGUCCGUAUUCCAACACGGAGAUGUCAUGGAUCAAUUCGAACGUGCCUGCGGAAGAGGCCUGCACAAUUCUUUCCAGGAUCGCUCGUUACGAUCUAGGCGCGUUUCUCAUCGUACAUAAGUACAAUUUCUUCAAUAACCGCGAGAAUCCAUCAACAAGCGAGAAAGAAUAUCGUCAAAUUACGGCAGACAUACAGCACUCACACCACCCCGUGCUUAACCGCUCUGCGAUUUCGAUCUUCAACGUCUUUACCAACUAUAUUAGGAUACCAGUAGCCUAUGUUUACCAUACCUUGGGAACAUGGAUCAAGUUUUUCGUUCUUGCCGCGAUGGCGGACUCGGAAUACCAGCGAGAACUUAAUGGUGCGAUUGGUAACAUUCCACGCUUUAUUGCGAAGCCGGUGAUGUUUUUACUCACUGGCAUCUGGAUCUACUCGCGGUGGACAAUGUCAAUAGCUUUGCCCUUCUUUCUCUACCACCGACGCCCGGACAUCGCUUCCUUAUCCAAGACUGUUCAGGGAAGUCUCAUCGCACAGAAGAAAGACCGGCUCAUAAUCCGCAGCUACGGCGAAACAGAAACCGCAUUCGUCCACCCAGCUGAUAACAAUGGCUUCAAGCUAGUUUUCUAUCAGGGCAUCCAUAAGACUGAGCCUCAAUGGGGUCAUACGAAGAUAACGGCUUAUUCAAAAGACAUGCGCGUCGUGUCAAGAACUGAGUACAAAGGUAUAGAUGUUGUAAAUGAAUUCGUUUACGACUACCCAGCAAAAAGGACGCAGCGGAUUACAAGAAUAUCCAAAGUCCAGAACGGAAAGAUCCCUGUGUCUAGACACUGCGUUAGUGGAAAUGAUGCAGGGGCAAAGGUGCAAUACAACUUCAAAGGACAUAUCGAGUCCGGCAGCUACCUUCAACAUGGUAAUCUGGUCCGCUUCAAGUACCACUACAGAAAGAACGCCAAAUAUGAUGACGAGCUUCUCCGGGCUGAGUUCGUUCUUCCGCACAUGUCAGCCAACGUUAGUUGGUGCGCACCACCUAUCCGCCAUGCCGAGAAGAUGGAACGAUGGAUCCCUACUCCUCGAGUCCAUGAAGCCACCUUCGUGCAGGGGGCUGAUGUCUAUGAAUGCUCCUGGCUGUAUGAUCAUAAAUUCCACCCUACAAUUACUACGAAACUCAACGGUGAGGCGGUCAACACUCCCGACAUGAUUCGUUAUGAUUGGCUGGGAGUAUUGAAGAAACCAACCCGAUGUACUUUCACAGAUGAGAAUCCUCUUCUCGAAUUCAAGACUGCUACAUCAGGUUUUUUCGCCCGCCUCUUUCGAACAAAUGUGAGGCGUCAGGCGAUUUCAACCUCGAGAGCUCGCUCGCAACUUUGGAAAGCGUGGAAGAAGCGUAACGAUCUCGACGGUGUCGUAAUCCGCUGGGUCGAUGAAGAACUCCUUCGCAAAGAAGCUCUUCUAAAUCGAUAUUGGCGUCGCAGAGACCGAGGAAGUCUUCUUAAAGCCGAAGACUACUUGGCAUUACAUGCCGAUGCGGUUAUGGCAAGCUCUGAUCUGACAAGUGACAUUAGUGCUUGGACGCCCCUUGCCGUUCGCAUGAGUGAUCUGUUCAGCUUUGGACAGGGUGGAGACGCGGUCAUUUUUACCAGGACAAAAUCUUUAGCACGCGACACCGAUUCGUCACUUCACGUCAUUGCUGUUGAUACCGGAACAUGGCCCAAUGAAGGUGGCGGAGUGUCUGCAUGCCGACGCGAUCUCAUCAACAAUUUACGAACUAUCAAAUGGCACAUGGUAGUAGAAUCCGCCAACGACUUUGGCCUUCCCAAGCACCAAACAGAAGAAAAUGUUGAAUCAUUAAAGAUCAUUCCCUUGUGGGGUCUUGACUUUAUGCAUCCUUGUCAUGGCAUGUUCACCAACAAGCUUGAUAGCGAGGUCGACCACCUCGUUCGAGAAGCCACGCUUGACGAUAUCAGAAUAAAUUUCAUCCCUACUCUGACAGCUCUCGUUCGCGGCGCUCGUGCCAUCACAAUGACUGCAGCGGACGUAAAACAGGCGACUCGAGCUUUGGUUAACCUAAACAGCUACUUCCAGGAUUCUCGGCAUUGGAAAGAAGUCUGGACUAGCGAUAUUGUCAAGGAUACAUGGAGGAAGCUUUGGCUUGCUGAUGAUAUGCCCAACGCACAGCCCCCCUCCGAGUGGUUCAAGACAGAACUUCCUACUCUUGGGCAUUUUGAUACAGCUCUGGAAUUAUGGUUCAGAUAUCUUUUCAUCUUCUCUAUUCCAAUCCCAGAAAAGAUCCCUAGCGUAUUUCAGGCUUCACAUCACAGCGUUUCAGCCUCAUAUGGUAUUGUAUGCAAGAUCAAGCGCAACUGCACCCUUCAGAUCUGGGAUCAUGCCAUUUCGUGGCGAGAGACUAACCUCUAUCUCUCUUCCGCCAUGUGCACCCUACCCCCAUUCAUUCGAAACUCAUUGCUUGGCUUGAUGAAGCUUACAUCCUGUUUGAUUCUGCACCACGCAGAUCAAAUCCUUCCUUGUGCAGACUUCUUCAACCCAGGAUGGGAGGUUGAGAUUGGAAGCGCGAAGGGUCAAGUUACCCACCGCAAUGUCUUCCGCCGCAAAGUUGACCCGAUUGUCAACGGCAUUACAGAUAUGCAAAAGUUCUCCCCAGUCACAGAGAUCAAGACAAAAACACCAACGGUCACAAUGCUUUCUCAUGUAUGGUUCGCGAAGGAUAUCAAGACAGCCUUACUAGCGGCCGAUAUCAUAUCCAACGAAUGGGGCUUCAAGGACUACAAACUCGACAUCUACGGCGCUUUGAAUAAGUCACCUGUGUACUCUUCUGAGUGCCAGGAGAUCUUGGCCUGCAAAGGUCUUGGUCAAAGUGUCGCUCUAAGAGGUGCAGCUGACCCAGGCAUGGUCCUCUCCAAUACAUGGCUGUUCCUCAACUCUUCGGUAUCUGAAGGGUUACCUCUUGCCCUCGGCGAAGCAGCGCUCACGGGCGCUCCUGUAGUGUGUACGGAUGUCGGUGCUUCACUCCGUGUGCUCACUGACCCAGAUGAUGGAAAACGUUACAGCGAAGUGGUUGCACCAAACGAUGCCUACGGCCUUGCCCGUGCGCAGAUUAACCUACUUGCCAUGCUGGACGAAUGGGCCCAGUAUGCGGAUGACGACCCUAAUCAUCCAGCUCCUGUCCUUCCUCACAAGCCAACACCGAAAGAUGUCGAGAUCAUUACUCAACGUAUGUACGAUAAAACUGAGCAUCGCCGCAAACUUGGCAUGAUGGCACGUAACAUUGUUCAAAAGUCAUUCGGCGGUGAGCGUUAUCUUCGCGAGCAUGAGCAAAUGCUUUGGAUUGGAAAGGCAUGCUAUGACAUGCUGGGUAUUGAGAAGCGCGUUCCUCCGCCCAAGCACCCUGGGCGCAUGUUAUCUCUAGGGAGGCGAAGCCAACAUAUCCUUACAGACACUGCGUCCAGCAACAUUAUUGAUCCACAGCUACACAAGAUGCAACACCCUAGACCAUCGGCAGCGCGACACCUUUCCACAACCUCGUCUUUCUCUUCGAUCUACAUCGAUCAGUUGAAUCAGCUGCCUGCCGGUGCCUCUUCUCCGUCCUCAAUAUAUGGCGAUGACUGGGGCCCAACCACGCCUGACUCAUCCGUCAUGUACGCCAAAUCUGAAAAGUCCGAUUUCGAUGACGGAUACUUUGUGCCUUCCUUGCAUGUCGCACGACCGCAGAGAAUCCAUGCUCGUCCUGCGCUCGCUGUUCACCCGCCUGGGCAUGUCAAUACAAUUGCCAUGGGCAAGCGACCUGUCCAAUAUGGCUACGGCUAUGGUCAUGCUGGGGGUUUCCAACAUGUUCCUGCCUCUCAUGUUCUACCUAAAGUGGAUCCAAGGAGGAACCUGCUUGCAAGACAAGCAAUAGGAAAGCCCGAGAGCAUAGGAAGUAGCGUAAGGACGAGAAGCCACUUGAACGAGGUAAUAACUGCAGACUACGCUCUCAAUGUUGAUGGGAGAUUAUAAAUUUCAGAGUACUCCUUACGGAGCAUAGGGUUGUAAGUUGUAGUGGUACGAGUUCAUGUCGUCCAUGAGGAGGAGGUGGAUUAUGAUGACGAAUCAUGAUAUACUUGUAGUUACCUUCGUGAUGAGAAUGAAUCAUGCGUGGCGAUGAUGAGAUGACUAGAGUCGUUUGCCGCAGGGCAGAAAAUGUU